AUGAAUUCGAUAGGUGGAAGCUUAUUGGUGUUUACGCUUGGCGCUUUGCUCCGAAAGAGAUCGAUUGGCGUCAAUGCCAACCUCACCACCUAUUCACGGCUUGCGCGUCGCAUAGUGAAUGCAACUAGCUACGACGAUGGACUGUCCACUCUCAGCGCUCCAGCUACGAGCCAUAAAUCAAUUCCCUCUAAUAUAGUGAAAGGCACAUCUAUUCUGGAAAAUUCAAUCGAUACCAUUCACCGUUUCACAGCCAAGGAGGAACAGGAAGGGAUAUGUUACUAUGGUUCCAACUUACAUACCAUCAUGAAGAUCACAGGUCAGCUCGAGCACCUUAACAAAUCCGUUCAUUUGCACGACGUAGCUUGGCGUGCAGGUUUAAUCGGGUUUGACAAUAUCGAUAUUCGAUUAGAGAAUACUACCGUUCAAAGACAAACUAAUAAUUCACAGUUUUCGCUCCACAUCCGUUUAAGGACUAAUACCGGUGAUUCAUCCUUCCUUUGCAUCUCCUCCCUUGGGUGUGUUCCUGAUCAAGAGAAUACGCCUCAAGCCCCAACCAAUCAUAUAAUCUCGCAAACUAACCCUAACUUUACGGAGAUUCACCACUGCUACGAGGUGGCAAUGGCCUGUUUGAUACUCAGCACCCCUCCUUCCCCCUUCCUUCCUUAUCAACACUUACGAGCCAGAUGA